AUGCCUCAAACACCGACUCUACCUGGCCAGCUUGUCCCUCCAAACUCUGUUCAGGGUUCGUGGCUCAAAGGCCAUGUCGCCCAAUUAUGUGGCCUCAACCAUGACCGGUAUGCUUCCGAGUGCCUUUGGGCAGUGAUAUACCCGACUCCGAGAAAUGCUGACCUUUGCAAAUUCUCACAGCUUUCCAGGCAGUCAGCCCGUGAGCUUCGGCUCAAAGGAUCUCGAGCGACUGGAAAAACAAGACUACUGGGUCUGCGAAAAGUCAGAUGGCAUCCGAGUGUUGCUCGUGAUAUUGACAAAUCUGGAAACGAACGAGCAGCUGGUUCACAUUAUCGAUCGCCACAACGAGUAUAG